AAUUCCGCUGGGAGUCGCAUCCUACCUGGUUGGGAGGUGUACUGCCUUCCCACACUCUCCCUUCUGUACUCACCAGGCUGCAGCUAAGGUGGGAGGAAAAGUCCUGGCUUGGAGAACUGAGCGGAAAAAGCGAUUCCAAUGGGUUCUUGGAAAACUCUUCUCUUCUACCCUUUCCUUCUGUGGAGUCAAAGGAAAGGGUUGAGGUUGAUGUUCCUGUUACUGACCCUGCAUCUGGGAAACUGUGUUGAUAAAGCAGAUGAUGAAGAUGAUGAGGAUUUAACAGUGAACAAAACUUGGGUCUUGGCACCAAAGAUUCAUGAAGGAGAUAUAACACAAAUUCUCAACUCCUUGCUUCAAGGCUAUGACAAUAAACUUCGCCCAGAUAUAGGAGUGAGGCCCACAGUAAUUGAAACUGAUGUUUACGUAAACAGCAUUGGACCAGUUGAUCCCAUAAAUAUGGAAUACACAAUAGAUAUAAUUUUUGCCCAAACCUGGUUUGAUAGUCGUCUAAAAUUCAACAGUACCAUGAAAGUGCUUAUGCUUAACAGUAAUAUGGUUGGAAAAAUUUGGAUUCCUGACACUUUCUUCAGAAAUUCAAGAAAAUCUGAUGCUCAUUGGAUAACAACUCCUAAUCGUCUUCUUCGAAUUUGGAAUGAUGGACGCGUUCUAUAUACUCUAAGAUUGACAAUUAAUGCAGAAUGUUACCUUCAGCUUCAUAACUUUCCUAUGGAUGAACAUUCAUGUCCAUUGGAAUUUUCAAGUUAUGGAUACCCUAAAAAUGAAAUUGAGUAUAAGUGGAAAAAGCCUUCUGUAGAAGUGGCUGAUCCUAAAUACUGGAGAUUAUAUCAAUUUGCAUUUGUAGGGUUACGGAACACAACUGAAAUCUCUCACACAAUCUCUGGGGACUAUAUUAUCAUGACAAUUUUUUUUGACCUGAGCAGACGAAUGGGAUAUUUUACUAUUCAGACCUACAUUCCAUGUAUUCUGACAGUUGUUCUUUCCUGGGUGUCUUUUUGGAUCAAUAAAGAUGCAGUACCUGCAAGAACAUCACUGGGUAUCACUACAGUUCUGACUAUGACAACUCUGAGUACAAUUGCCAGGAAGUCCUUACCUAAGGUUUCUUAUGUGACUGCGAUGGAUCUCUUUGUUUCUGUUUGUUUCAUUUUUGUUUUUGCAGCUUUGAUGGAGUAUGGUACCUUGCAUUAUUUUACCAGCAACAAAAAAGUUAAGACUACUAGAGAAAGAAAGCUAAAAAAUAAGGCCUCGAUGUCCUCUGGACUCCAUCCAGGAUCUACUCUCAUUCCAAUGAAUAGCCUUUCUCUGCCGCAAGGAGAAGAUGAUUAUGGGUACCAGUGCUUGGAGGGAAAAGAUUGUGCCAGCUUCUUCUGUUGCUUUGAAGACUGCAGAACAGGAUCAUGGAGGGAAGGGAGGAUACAUAUACGCAUUGCCAAAAUUGAUUCCUAUUCUCGAAUAUUUUUCCCAACAGCUUUUGCCUUGUUCAAUCUGGUUUACUGGGUUGGCUAUCUUUACUUAUAAAUUCUACUUACUAGGCAAAACUCAUAAGAAGUCUGACUAAAUCCAAUAUAAUCGACUGUCCUUCAGUAACAUGACGUUUAAAUUUAAAAUGCAGAGAAACCAAUGGUUAAAAUGUGAAUAGUUAUUUUAACUAUUUUACAGCUUUCUUGGGUAAAUAAAGUAGCAGCUUUUAGAUUAAUAUAUGUAAAUUUAUGUAAAACAGAUUAAUUGCAAAAUUCAGUAUAUUAAAAUAGUAUUAUAUAUUUGUACUUUAAUUUUCUUUAUUUUUACAUAUAUCCUAUUAUGAUUUUGAAUUUAUAAGUUCUGUGAUUCAUAUUUCAAAGAUGGAAUAAUUUUAAUAUAUAUUUUAUUUAAACAUAACCUAUCGUUUGUAAUGGUAGCUUAAUCUAAUGCCUAAUAUUUAUGUAAUAUGUUUUUGCCUAGAAAAUAUUGUUAAUUUGAUUUUUUUUUUUUUUUGCUUUUUAUUUUUAUGCUCUGUUUGGACUAGAGUUAGUUGAAAACAUAUGAAACAUAUGAAAACAAUGAUUUCAUUGGAUUGACUUCCAAGAAACUUUACUCCCAAAACAAAUUAAUUUAUUUUUAAUUUUUUUAUUAUUUAAAAAAGAAAAGGCCAUUUUACCUUAUCUUUGAUCCAAUUCAUUUCCUGAUGAAACAUUAAAUAAAACUCCAGUUAUAUUUAGGUUUGGUGAUUUACAAACUAAGAUGGAAACCAUCAAAGUAAUUUAAAUACAAGGUGAAAAAAAAAAUGAAGAAUAUUGCAUUUAACCAUUUUAUUCUCUGCCGCAUAGCACUUAUGAAGAAUGAAGAGAUUAACACUGAAGUGUUUAGAUCUACCGAUCCUGAACUUAAAUACAGAAAGAACUGACUUUUUCUUAACCCUCUACAAAAAUGUUACAUUCCUUAAAUUAACCAAAAACAUUGAGGAACAGGGCUUCUAUUUGCUCAUUGUGGCUAAAGAAUUAUUAUCUAGCAAAUUGAUUUGAAAUGCAUAUUGAGGAUAUGGUCUUAAUUACGUGCUAUUAACAUUUUUCAGACCAGAAAUGUUCUAGAAACACAGUCUUAGGCUUGUGUUCUAUAUCGCCUUUCCCAGUUCCUAAAUUUGGACUUGGUCAGCUUUACGACUUUGUUAUCAAUUUUAAUGAUAUUCUCUUUUUUUAAAAGAUGUGAGCAGGCACAAAAAUCAUGUUAAAGGUGGAGUUCUGUUAGAGGCACCUCUAAUGAACAUGAGUGUGUGGAGCUCUCUCAAUUCUGAGAGGAACAAAAAUAGUCUUACUAUAGUUUAAAGCCUGUUGCUUAAUAGUUUCCAAAAUGUCUGUUUUGUUAAGAGGCGAGAUAAAUUUAGGCUUUAAUUAAUCUAUUCCUGUAACUAGUUGGGCAUAUCAACUAUUUAUAAGAACUCCCUAUUCAUUCACCAUUACCUAAUUAUCUGUAAAAUCACCAGAGUGAUCUUGAAGAUAGCCUUUAAAAAUUGUUUCCAUUGUCAAGAGCAACUAUCAGGAUGAAUAAUUUUGUGAUCAAGGCCUAUCUUAUGGUAUGUGGAGGAAGCUAUCACCUGUGCGCCUGACACCAUGUGGGUAGUGAAUACAUGUGUAUGCUCUGGCAUGGUUAUACUUAUGAUUUUAGAAUAUAUAGUGUUUUGGUUUUUUUAAUCUAAAUAUGUUUCAUUGGGUAUCCAUCACCUACAUAUGAACUUUUUUACUUUGCUUAUAAAUCUUGGAAAAACGUAAGCAUGAAUUAAAUGAUAUUGCCCAAAUAUCCACCGACACUGGUUUUUUCUGAAUGGAGAGCCAAAUUAAACUUUGGCCAUGUAUAUAUUCACUUACAAAGUGCUCAUGCAUUCAUUGUUAUAACAUUGAGUAUUGAUGGAUAUUCUUAACGUAAGCAUUCAUUUAAAGAUAAAUGAAAAAUGAAGUACCAACGAAGAAUAAAUCAUUUCACCAAAAUGUAUCAUGGCUAUUUCCAUGCUUUAAGCUAUAGCCUGCUCAUUACCAUGGGGGCAAUUUUAAUUCUGGGAUUCUUUCAAGUCUAUCAGCAUGACCCUAUUUUAAAAUUCUUAAAAAUGCUUAAUAUUAGUAGCUUUGAUUUUCUCACUGGUGUUCCAUUAACUUGGCUUUAAAUGUUGACAGUAUUUACAAGUGGAAAUAAAAUAUGAUAUGAUGAUAAAAAUAUGACAGAUGCUUUUCUAUAUACAUUCAUUGUAUAUAUCAUCAAAACUAGUGCUUUGUUUUCAAAGCCAGUGGCAUUUUGAGCAGUUCUGUUUAAACAAGCAGAUCAGAAAGGGAAGUGUGUAAAAAUCUUAUUAUUUCUAAAAAUGAGAAUGAAAAGGUGAAAAUGCAGUUAGAUUAUUUUUACAAGAAAUCAAAUAGAGCUUACUUUCAAAGGGUAUGCAGUCUAAUCCCUGUUUCUCUCUUCUUUCAAGUAUUAGUUUUAUCAUCUUGAGAAAUUAUUUUUUAAAAAUCCUCCUCUUUCUCCAGGUGAGUUAUAUCUUAAUUUUAUUGGAUUCAUUGGUACUUGUGUUCCCUGACUGAUUUAAAUGUUUUUAACACUAAUAUAGACCAAAAAAGUGGAUAUAGAUGAGGGGAGAGAUAAUUAGAGCAGAGGGACUUAGAAUAAUUUGGAAAAGUGUUCAUUCACAUCGAGCCAUCCUCUAAAUAUGUGACCAGGAUCUAGAAGUAUCAAGAAGGGAAACUGUGACUAGCAUGAUUUUAUUCUCUUGGGUUUACAAUUGCAUGAUAAUAUUUUAUCUAUUCUUGAAAUGCAUAGAUAGACUCAAUUGAAAUCAAUUCCUAAAAGGCCAAGUAGUUUCUGGAAAAAAAAAAGAACUUAGAUUUCCUGAGAAUUCAGUAGGGAAAGGGCAAAAUUAAAGAAUACCUCUAACUAAAUAUAAAGUGUUAAUGUAAGCAGAAAUUAGAUAAUUCAUUGGCUACAUUUUAUUUUAAAGAUAUAGAUUUCAUUAAGGAGUUUUGAAAACAUUAACUUUAGGUUAAAGUACAAUAAAUGUGGGUAAAUAUACAAAUAAUCACCAGGGUUUUUUUUUCUCCUUUAGUGUGUUCCCAUAUUCUGACAUCAGAUUUAAUCAUAAAAUAUCUUAUAUUUCAGUUUAAGAACAAGAUCAAUAUCGAGACUUGCAUUCUUUCCAAUGAUUCAGCAUCAAAAAGAAUGAUUGACAGUACUCUCACAUCAAGGGCUCAUAAUUGUAAGAUGUGAAAUUGUAUUCCAAGUCAAGGUGUUGUGAAGAAAUGCAUCUCGUACUUUGAUUACACAAGAGAUUUAGAUAGGAUGAUUUGUUUGAGUUUAAAAUUUAAAUUAAUAACCAAAAAUUGAUUAGAUAUAUAAUAAAUGAAUAAAUAUAUGCACAAAUUAUCAGUUUUAUACCAGUGUCUAUUUUCACUCUUGCAAAAUUCAGCAAGAUACCAUUCACAAUUAUUUCAUUGAUCUUAGCGCUGGAGUUUAAGUGAUCACUUAGACAUUCAGUAAUUUAGCAUAUGUCCCACCAAAAACAUUUUGAAAAUAAUUUCUGACCAAGCUAUUUUUCUUUAUAUCAUCAAAUUUAUUUAACUCCUCAAUGUCACACCAAAUGAAGUCUAGACAUACUUGGUAUUAUGUUUCUGUUGGUCAUUGUUUUUUACUGCUAGCGAGCCCUUGACAGAGCACUGUAAAGUCACAGAAACCAUUACCAAGCCUCUAUCAAAACAUUCCAAAUGGAGUUUCCAGACCCUGUUGACCACAUUGCUGUAGUCAAUGUAAGGUCAGUUCUGUCUUUUUUUGCUUGUGCAUUUUGGAAAUGACAUAACCUAAUUCAAAUAUUUAUGCAGCACUUCUUAUAUAUAAAGUACUGACUUAGAUACAAUAGGGAAUAUAAAAAUGAACUCUGGAGGAGAUUAUAAUAUAAUCAGAAGACUAGUUAUACAAUUUAAGGGAUGGAGGAUAACUCUGCGAAAGUUUCUUGGAGAAUAUAGGCUUAGAGAUGGGAGCUUGAGAAUUCAAUAUGUCAAUAGGCGAGGUUAACAGAGAAUACAUUUUGCAGUUGAGUAAACAGCUUGAAUAAAGAAACAGAAGCAUGGGCACAAAUAAAAGUUCCAUUUCAAUUGAAGGUUAAGAUUCAUAUAGGGAAGCAAAGAUGAGGCUAGAAAGAUAAGUCUAGCCCUAUGGUAGAGAGGCAAGAAUAUGAACUUCAGAGGGCUGAGUGAUAUCAAUUCUUGAAGAGUUCACAAAGAUAACACGAGUACAGAAGCACCAUUAUUAAUAUCGCAAGAGUUUCAUUUAUUGGUGUGUGAUGUUUGGAGUAAGGAAAGCCAGUUAGGAAGCUACUGUAAUACAUGAGGUGAGAAAGAAUGAAGGUCAGUACGCAGGUGAUUGAAGUUCAAUGGAGAAGGGGGAAAGACAGAUCCUGAAUAAAAAAGGAAAAAUGGCAAACAUGAAGCUGUGAUUAACAGGCAACUGAGUGACAUGUUGUGUGUAAGAGAGGGGAUCCUGUAUUGCAUAGUAGGUAUUUGGGUGUAAAUGAACACUAAAACACUGCAAGGAAAUUCUGAAUGUAUUACAAUCUUGUUUGCUGUUACUUUUAAAAUUUUAAUCAAAUGCUUAUUUUUCUUACUGAUCUAUGUUUCCCACAUUAGGGAUGAAAAAAAGAAUAAUCUCCUGAAGUAUAAUCUGUCCAGAUUAUUAUUAUUUUGUGAGAAUCUGUUCCUCAUGAAAAGGGCUUUCUCUUCAAAUAACUUUCUCUUCUUUCUUUCUAACUAAGAAAAAAAAAAUAAUGUAUUUGGACAAAGAGAGGAAGGGAGAACUGUGAAUAGAAAUAGGCUGCUGUGUGACCAGACAAAUCCAGGAUUCUGAUUCUCAAACAAUUUCUGAAAUAUUUGUCUCAAAAUAAGUUAAUUUAUUUUUGGUCAAUGAAAUAUGUACCUGGAAGCUUUGAGUCUGGGAAUAGUUAAGAUGAGCCUGUAAUGCAGUUAAGCUGGAAAGAGCUAAUUAAAGGACUUUUAAGAUAUAAUUGACCUAAAUAGAAAUAGUUUGGAUCUCGAUAAACCACUGUAAUAAGAGUUAUUUGUGUCCAUAAAGUGUAUGUAGUCACAUCGUAUAAUAAAGUUUUGUGGCUUGUGA